AUGUCUUCCACAAUGUCUUCUUCAAUCACCGCGAGAAGCGGAAAGGACACUUCUAUCUUUGACAGUCCCACUUUCGACCAGGACCUUCGUAUCCACGUCAACCAGGCUGUAGGUUCUGCCUCCAUCUCACCCGGCGGACGUGAUGUUGUUCUGGCAUCGCAGCAAGGUCUGCACAUUAUAGAUCUCGAUUCACCCUUCUCUCCUCCGCGUCAUCUCCGUCAUCAGACUCCAUGGACUCCUGCCGACGUACAAUGGUCUCCGUUUGCUUCACGAUACUACUGGGUUGUCAGUACUUCCAAUCAGAGAGCUUUGGUCUGGAACCUCGAGCUCGCCAGUCUCCAAGCUCCCAUAGAGCACACCUUGCAUGCGCACUCAAGAGCCAUCACCGACAUCAAUUUUUCUCCCUUGCAACCUGACCUCCUCGCUACCUGUGCAGUCGAUGCAUUCGUACAUUGUUGGGAUUUGCGCGUAUCUGCAAGGCCUGUGAUUAGCUUUUCCGAUUGGUUCGCUGGCGCUACUCAAGUCAAGUGGAACCGACGGAACACUCACAUCGUCGCCUCGUCGCAUGAUAAGUACCUACACAUAUGGGAUGAUCGAAAAGGUGCAUUGCCUCUCAAGACCAUCGAAGCUCAUCAAACGAAAAUUUACGGAAUCGAUUGGAGCCGUACUGAAGAGACCAAGGUUGUUACUUGCUCGCUUGAUCGAACCAUAAAGGUCUGGGACUAUGACUUCUCUGAAACAGAACCCGAGCGUGUCAUCAAUACACCAUUCCCAGUGUGGCGAGCCAGACACACUCCAUUCGGUGAUGGAGUUUUGGCUAUGCCGCAGAGAGGAGAUCAUGACUUGCACAUGUAUGACUGCCGCCCAUCAAAUGUGACCAACACGCCUGCUCUCACAGAGCCCAACUACCGCUUUACUGGACAUGAUGAUCAAGUCAGAGAGUUCCUGUGGCGAGGACGUGGCAACAUCGAUGAGUACUCGGACGGCCGCGACUUCCAGCUGGUAUCGUGGGGAGCUGAUCGCGAGUUGAUCCUACAUCGUAUGGGGGACAAGCAACUUCAAUCUAUCGGAUUCCAUAAAGGCAUGCUCAUGGAUAAGCCUCCACAACUUACUCGGAUCGGCGCUCCUUAUAAAUCUUUCAGAGACCGACCCGCGCAUCCCGGAAUUGCGGCUCAGAAUACCACACAAGGGUCCGAACUCUUUCAUCCUGGUACCAGUCCUGGCAUGAACAAAGUGCCCAUUCCCGUCGCAGGUGGUUGGGCAGACGGUGGUCAGAUGAUGACGUAUUCAGGUAUCGAAACUCGAAAUGUUAGACCGCAAGACAAUGGUCUCAUAUCCUGGAUGAAAGGUGUUAAAUUUGGUAAACGCAAACCAAGUUCGCCAGACAGGCUGACAACACGAAGGCUUUCGAUCAUUGCUGAUCUUCACCACCCAGACUCUCAUGGCAUACGUGAGAACUUGAGUGACGAGAUCAUUCAUGUGGGUGAAAAGUUUACUCGAGUCACUGUCGAUGAAGCAGACGUGUCGAAUAGACACGUCAAAAUUUCUCUCAAUGGACCAUGGGCUGCUGAAGAAAAGUUAGCCUUCAUGCAGCUUUGUAUGGACUUUCCCGCUGACUAUCCCGAAAAGUCGGUCCCGUACUUCCAUCUUGACAAAGCUUCUGCUUUGACGGAAAAGAAAGUGGCAGAGCUCGAAGGUAACUUACGCAAAAUCGCUACUGGUUACCUGAUACAUCGUCGGGGGUGCAUUGAAGGCUUCCUGUCUUAUCUGACUGGUGAAAGAGAUCUUCAGGAGAGCAUCAGUUGGCUCGGUCUUGGCGGCCAUGAUGUUAUAGCACCUGGCGAAGAGGCUGAAAGUUCCAGCGAUGAAGAAGAUGGAUUGUUGGGUGACUUUGGUGGUGGCGGCGGCGAGUCGCAAACACUGGGCAUGGAAGGCAGUGUAGGAUCCGGCAUCUUCAGCACCAAUGCCAACGUACCUCUUCCCAGAACUUGCGGAGCUCUGUGGGCUCCAAACGGACAACUCAUCUGCUUCAUACCGCCCAAAGAAGAACCACGAUCAAUCUUGCACAAGUUCGCAGUAGAUGAGCGAAGUCGCAAUCGUGGCAGCAGAGAGAUCUUCGAAGGCUUUGGAAGACUACACCCUGGCCAAACAGAGGCCAGGGCCAAAAGUAAGCCUAGUGCGGACGCAUUCGAAGCCGACGAUUCAGAUGACAGCUCCGAGUUCUCAAAUUCGAGCUCGUCUUCCGGGUCAGAUGAGCCAGAGUUGUUCCUUCGUCGGUUCCAGCCACCAUCCGCCUGGCAUGGUGGUUCUCUACGAUUUCCGCGACUCAAAGGACUCAGAACACAUUCCACAGAAGGUUCAAUACCAACGAGCAAUGGACUCAACAAGAGAGGUUUUGGCGCUAGACACAAAGUCCGGAUCAAGGUUCUCGACGUGGAAAGCUUGGUGCCUUCAAAGCGAAGUCUUGCGUCAGAGUACCUUGUUUACGGCGAUGGAAAGACUGUUUGCUCGCACAACGCUCGGAUCGCUCUCCAGAAUGGCUCCCCUGAUCUGGCUGACAUAUGGGAGUUUGUUGGAUUGAUCUUAGCGAAGCAAGUUCCUGUGAGCAUGCUCACUAUCCCAAGGCAUGAGACUGACAUCAGGGUUCUGGCACGUAGGUUGCUCAUACCUUCUCAGAGAAACGACAGCGGGCUUGACUUGUCUUUCGAUGAACCGGAAGCUGUUUUACGCCCACAAGAAACGGCUCUCAUCAAGUGGGGUACACACCCAUUCGCUGGAUCAUGGCUCAUCGAUACACUAUUCGCAUACUUCGAGAGUUUGGCAGACGUCCAGAUGCUAGGCAUGCUCUCGUGCAUAUUCGCACAAUCUCUGUCUCCAGAUGAUCAACGUCCGACUUACGAGUAUCUCCCACCAUCGAUGAGUUGCGCAGCUCAGCUUUUGAACUACUUCUCCGACAAAGAAGCAGCUCUUGGAUUUUACGAACCAAUCAUCUCUGUCUCUGAUCUAUCCAACAAGCAUAGGAAGUCAGGAACGGGACUCACCUCCGCAGGAGAAUCGUCUCAGGAUGUGCGAGAGCAGAUUGCGAGUGAGCCUGUCACACCUUUCUAUAACGACAAUACACCUCCAAUGCCGCUGUCAAGAGCUAGCACACACCGUUCUAGUGCUGCGCCUAGUCUUUCAACAUCACCGGAGCACCAUCGUACCUCGAUACCGAGUGCUACAAGUUCGUUCGCUGCUUCUGUUCUAGCUCGACCAUUUCAGCUUGCUAGCUCUCCUCCUGUUCGCAAUAGGACUAGUGGGGAGGACCUCUCAUCGUCAAUACCCUCCCAGGCAGGCGUGAACUGGAGCAAGAGCAAACCAUUCACAAGAAGCGACGCAACCAUUCGUAGAAGUUUUGUGUCACAAGGCUUUGGGGAUGACUACGAUGGUUCCACAACUGAAGACGAUGAGUCUUUGCCACCACAAUCUCGAGUCAAGACAAGUCUGAAGAAUCAAGACUUGUUCGAUGACGAAGGAUGCCCAAGUGUGGCAUUCCUUGAUGCUCACCAGUCGCUCAAGUUUGCUGUGUAUCGAGCAGUGUAUGCAAAUAUGCUAGGUGCCUGGGGGUUGCAGAUGCAACAGAAUGAGGUGGAUAAACUCGAUGGGCUACUGUCAAAUAUUCUCACUCGGACCGAGUCCAGAGAUCGUGGCUCGCAAUCUACUUUGACCCUUGGAGAGGUUGAAGAGGAUCAAGAGAAGUUGGAAGGCUUGGGUCCGCAGGUUGUCAGAUGCUGCAUGUCUUGCGGCGAGGUUGAAAAUCAAGAACGUCGCGGCGCGGAUCGCAAAUGCGUCAGGUGUGGCGGAAAGUCGCAUUUGCUCUCAUGCACCAUCUGCUACCAACCCAUCGCAGGCCUCUACAAAGUAUGCCUUGCAUGCGGUCACUCGGCACACACCUCUUGCCUUGCCAUCCUUCUCGAGUCACUCACUGAAGACGAAAAGCCAGAGUGCGAAGCUGGCUGUGGAUGUGCUUGUGAUGAGAAUAUGGCGGUGAGCGGGGAAGAGGUAUUCGGUCUCACCAAGUCUCCAACUUUCGAGCAGGAAGUGGCGAAGGAGACUGGGUUCCGAAUGCUUCAACCUGUAGGCAAUAGUACUAUUUUGCAUCGACGAGGAAGUAUCGUUGAGGCGAGACAGUCAGGCAGGUUGCGAGAAAGGACACAAGAGGCACCCACACAAUCAUCGCAAAAUGACCUUCGUAGGAUGAGAACGAGGUCGGUCGGACAUUAA